AUGAUUGCACCGAACGCCGCACCCCCCGACACGACCAUCGAGAGCCUCCUCGCGAGGAACGAGGAAUGGGCUUCGGGCAUCGACAGGAUCCACCCGCGAGCAUUCCACCACAUGGCCAAGACGCAACGCCCCGAGGUCCUCUGGAUAGGCUGCGCGGACUCGCGCGUGCCCGAGUCCGUGAUCACGGCUUCCGUGCCCGGGGACAUACUCGUCCACCGCAACAUUGCAAACCAAUUCGCCGCUGAUGACGCCAACGGGGCCUCCGUCGUCCAGUACGCCGUGGAGGACCUUGGUGUGACGCACGUCCUCGUCGUCGGGCACACGCAAUGCGGAGGCGUGCACACCGCUCUCGAGGUCGCAGGCGGAGCUCACCGCCCUGGGGGCGCCCUCGGCGACUGGAUGAGCCACCUCCUCCACCUCGCAAAGCGCCACCCGGACGUCACGGCGCUCACGGAGGCGAACGUCAUCAGCACUGUGGACCGCGUCAAAAACUACAUCGACAACAUGAAGUUCGAGGGUGCUUACGACUACAGGUCGGUUGCGGUCGUGGGGAUGAUCUACGAGCUUGAGACGGGAGGCUCAGGGAGAUUGUGCGGAAGGACGCUCUGCCCUCUCUGCACGACGCAGGGUCGGAUGAUGACGAGGCCGAUGAAACCACGGCGUACGACAACGGGCCAUACGAAGAGGGGCGUAUGA